ACUUAUUGGAAAUUGAACCUCUCAGAUUCUGACAAUCUGACGUCUCUUUCUUAAAUUUACACGAUGUAAAAUAAAUAUAUUAAUGCUACUCCUCCAUUAACAGAGAGAGUAGGAAGCUGAAAUUCCAUCAUAACUCUUCUAUUAAUACCCCCUCCCUCUCUACGACCAAAGCCCAUUCCUCUAUUUCUAUAUUUCGUCUUCAAAACUUAGCCAUCCACAUACACAUUCUAAGAGAGAGAGAGAGAGAGAGAGAGUGCUCUUCAUGAGAGUAACUCUGGAGGGUGGUGAACAAAGGAGAAGCUAGAUUUUGUUUAGCAGCUUGAUCAAACAUCAUCGUCAUUAUGUGUAAUUCAGACAUCACCACCACCCUUUUGAUCGAGAAACCACCACAGAAGCCACAUCGUUACUUGGAUCGUUUAUCACUCCCCACCACCGUAAAAAACCUGGAUAAUCUCAAAAAUUCGUCACCACCUCCUGAAAUAUACCCCUCUGUUUCAGACUUAAUCUCCGAAACUAAAUCACUUUUCAAACUCGCCUUCCCUAUAGCUCUAACGGCUAUCAUUCUUUAUGCUCGUUCCAUUGUGUCUAUGCUUUUUCUCGGUCGUCUCGGUGACCUCGAGCUAGCCGCUGGCUCUCUUGCUAUUGCGUUUGCUAAUAUCACUGGUUACUCUGUUCUCUCAGGUUUAUCUCUGGGCAUGGAGCCUCUCUGCUCUCAGGCUUUUGGUGCUCAACGUCCAAAGCUCCUCUCUGUAACCCUUCAUCGCUCUGUGAUUUUCCUUCUAGUAUCAUCAAUACCCAUUUCUCUUCUAUGGCUUAACAUGUCCAAAAUCCUUCUCUAUCUUCAUCAAGAUCCCAACAUCACACGUCUUGCUCACACUUAUUUGCUCUUCUCUCUCCCUGACCUUUUAACCAAUUCUUUCGUCCACCCAAUCCGCAUUUACCUUCGAGCUCAAGGUAUUACCCACCCUUUAACUUUAGCAUCUCUCAUUGGCACGAUUCUUCAUUUACCUAUUAACUUUUUACUCGUCAAUCAUUUGAAGCUCGGGGUCUCCGGCGUCGCAGCCGCAGCCACCGUUUCCAACUUCUUUGUUCUCUUGUCUUUAGUUUCUUACGUGUGGAUUUUUGGUUUGCACGAGCCAACGUGGACUAGGCCGAGCCGAGAGUGCUUCACUGGCUGGAAGCCGCUAAUUCGGCUAGCAGCACCAAGUUGUGUCUCGGUUUGUUUGGAGUGGUGGUGGUACGAGAUCAUGAUCAUCUUGUGUGGGCUUUUAGCCAACCCCAAAUCAACGAUUGCUUCUAUGGGCAUCCUCAUACAAACGACGUCGUUACUUUAUGUUUUCCCUAGUUCGCUUGGGUUCGCUGUUUCAACUCGUGUGGGUAAUGAACUCGGAGCAAACCGUCCUCACAAGGCCAGAUUAUCGGCCGUGGUGGCAGUGUUUAUUUCAGCCAUUAUGGGCCUAUCAGCUUCCACUUUCGCUUCGGGAAUGAGUCAGAGGUGGGGCCAGAUGUUCACCAGCGACGGCGAGAUCCUACGGCUUACAGCUGCUGCACUGCCAAUCCUAGGGCUGUGCGAGCUCGGUAACUGUCCUCAAACAGUAGGGUGCGGGGUCAUGAGAGGGAGUGCCCGCCCCUCCAACGCAGCCAACGUGAACCUCGGCGCAUUCUAUUUGGUGGGCAUGCCAGUGGCCAUUGGACUUGGGUUCUGGCUUGGUGUUGGGUUUUGUGGGCUGUGGCUUGGGCUACUAUCCGCCCAGGUUUGUUGUGCUGGGCUCAUGCUGUACGUUGUAGGGUCCACCGACUGGGAUUUGGAAGCUAGAAGAGCUCAAAUGCUAACGUGCAUCGGCUGUGAUACUAAGAUAUUACUAAGUGAAGGUGACUAGGCGAGGCCGAAGAAGAGCAGAGAUUAAUUUCCAUUACAGUGACUUGGCCGUAAUAACACCUAAAUGCCUGCAUGUAAAAUUGAUUAUUCCCCCUCUUUCAUUUAUCUUUAUUUUUUUUUGCCCAUUUGGGUUUAUUUUGUGAAUUAUUAAAUUUUUUGGGUUGAGAGAGAAUUAUCAUAAAGAAGAAUAUUAUUAUUUAUAAAGAAGUGUUUUUGGUUUUAUGAGCAAA